AUGGGCACGGCGGGCGGGCAGCGGGCACCGACAGCGGGCACCCACAGCGGGCACGGCUACAUGGGCACGGCGGGCGGGCAGCGGGCACCGACAGCGGGCACCCACAGCGGGCGCGGCUACAUGGGCACGGCGGGCGGGGAGCGGGCACCGACAGCGGGCACCGACAGCGGGCACGGCUACAUGGGCACAAGGAGCGGGCACGGCUACAUGGGCACGGCGGGCGGGCAGCGGGCACCGACAGCGGGCACCCACAGCGGGCACGGCUGCAUGGGCACGGCGGGCGGGGAGCGGGCACGGCAGCGGGCACGGCUACAUGGGCACAAGGAGCGGGCCCGGCUAAAUGGGCACGGCGAGCAGGGAGCUGGCACGGGGAGCCGGCAGCGGGCACGAUGGAGCGGGCAUAACGGACCGGUCACGGCGGGCAGUCCCGCCCCGCAGAACGGGCACGAUGGAGCGGGCACGGCGGGCAGUCCGUAA